AUAAUCAUUUUUCAAUUUCAAAAUUCUUGAAAUCAAAUUCAAGUGAAAAUUUGCAUUUUACUGAAAACAGUAAAAAUGUUAAUCAUCUAGAAAUAUAGGAGGUGGGAAUAAACAACUAAUCUUUGAUUAUCUCACCUUUUUCCUGAUAAUAAUAAAGUUUGAAAACGGUUAUUUAAGAAACUGAAACUAUGGUCGAUGUUAAUGAUCUAAGCGAUGUUGAAAUCAGCUCUAUUAAACCUAUCAACAAAGAUUCGGUGCACAAAAUUUGUUCUGGUCAAGUAGUACUCAGCUUAGCAGUAGCAGUAAAGGAACUUGUGGAGAACUCUCUUGAUGCUGGUGCCACAAAUAUUGAUAUAAGAUUAAAAAAUUAUGGCCUUGAUUUGUUAGAAGUAUCUGACAACGGAUCAGGGGUAACUGAAGACAAUUUUGCAGCACUAACACUGAAAUAUCACACGUCAAAGUUGAGUGACUAUAGUGAUUUGCUUGGAGUAUCCAGUUUUGGUUUCCGAGGAGAAGCUCUAAGCUCCUUGUGUUCAUUAGCUAACCUUACAAUUACAACUAGACAUCAUAAAAGUGAAUAUGCUACAAAAAUUGAAUAUGAUCAUAAAGGCAAUAUCACAAAUAAGAAACCAUGUUCAAGACAGGUUGGAACAACUGUAACAUUAUCAAAUCUGUUUUGCUCCCUUCCAGUAAGACAAAAAGAAUUCCAAAAAAAUGCUAAAAGGGAGUUCAAUAAAAUGACCAACUUAUUAUAUGCAUAUUGCUUAAUAGCUACAGGGGUGAGAAUAACAUGUAGCAAUCAAACAAGUUCAAAUGUAAAGUCUGUAGUAGUUGCAACUCAAGGUUCCUUGUCAUAUAAAGAUAACAUUGCUUGUAUUUUUGGUAUUAAACAGCUACAAAGUAUCCUUGAAUUAAAAACAGAAUGUAUGUCAAAUAUAAAAGACAACAUACUGAGAGGUCUAUCAGGCGAAGUUAAGGAAAACGAGGAUUCAGUAAAUAUAGAAGAAGUUGAAAUAGAUUUAUCGGAAGACUCCAAUGAUGCAGAUAAUAUUAUUAACAACUCACAAGAAUCUAUAACUAGUUCACAAAAAUCUCAAGGCUACAAGAACAUACCUGAACCUGUUAAAGUUACAGGAUUUAUAUCUUCAUGUGCUCAUGGAAGUGGUAGAUCAAGUACUGACAGACAAUUUUUUUACGUUAAUUCUAGGCCUUGUGAACCAAUUAAAGUUAUAAAGUUGAUUAAUGAAAUAUAUAGACAGUUUAAUCCACAUCAAUACCCAUUUGUAUUUCUAAAUGUUAACGUUGAUAGAGUCUCUGUUGAUGUGAACGUUACUCCAGAUAAGAGAAAGUUAUUUCUAACUAAAGAAAAAUCAAUAUUGGAUGUACUUAAACAUUCCUUGUUAAAGAUUUUUGAAAAUAUACCAAAAACAUUAAGAGUGGAACCUACUGUUACUAUUAACAAUCAAAAAGUAGAACCUGAGCUAAGUCAACCGAGGAUUUUUCAGUCGUUUAUUAAACAAUUCAGUAACCAAUCAGAUUUAUCUAUGAAAUUUGACGAUGAACAUCAUGAGAAAGCAGAUUUAAAGAGAAAAUCUAACUCUAAUUUAGGUAGUUUCACAGCCAUUAAGAAAACUUAUACAUCAAAUAUAAUCGAUAAAGUUAAACCUGAACCUGACGUUAUCGAUGAUGAUGAUACAGAAACUCAAUUAAUUAAUAAAAAUUCUGAAAGAAUUAGUAAUAUUGAAAUAAUAAAAAACGCUGAUAAUUUUCUCCCUAAUAAGUCGUCUGCAACAGAAGUCUUGGGUGCACAAAGAGAUAUAAUAUAUUUAGAGAAUACAGAUGAGCUACCAAACACUCAAAUAAGAAAUAUAACUGAUGUUGUGUUUGAAAAAUCACAUACUAUACGCUGUAAACCCAAAGAUAUACAAUUGAAAACACCUAACCUACAAAAGGUUGUGACUGAUAAAGAAGAAUUAGGGAAAAACAAUAGAAAAACUGUAAAUAUGAAAACAUCUUUAGCUCAUGUGAAAGCUUUAGUGGAUAUCUUUAAUAACAAAAAAGAUAAAUACCAACCUGAUAGAAUUAAGUUUAGGUCUGCAAUAAAUCCUGUAUUUAAUAAGAAAUGCGAAGAAGAAUUGAGCCGAGAAAUAUCUAAAGAUUCUUUUAAAAGAAUGGAUGUAGUAGGUCAAUUUAAUUUAGGUUUUAUAAUUACGCGUCUGGACGACGAUCUUUUUAUAAUUGAUCAGCAUGCUACUGAUGAAAUUUAUAACUUUGAAAGUUUGCAAAAAACGACUGAAUUAACGAAUCAGAAGCUUGUUAUUCCACAGAACUUGGAGCUUACAGGAGUCAAUGAGCAAAUAUUAAUGGAUAACCUUGCAAUUUUCAAAAAGAAUGGAUUUACUUUUAUAAUAGAUGAACAUGCACCACCUACUAAACGAGUGAAGCUUUUAACUAUACCUAUGUCUAAAAAUUGGAUGUUUGGGAAGGAAGACAUAGACGAACUUCUUUUUAUGCUAAGAGAAAACCAGUCUGAAUACUGCAGGCCAAGCAGAGUUAGGGCAAUGUUUGCAUCAAGGGCAUGCCGGAAAUCGGUGAUGAUAGGAACAGCCUUAAGUAAGGCAGAUAUGCGGAUACUGGUUGAUCAUAUGGCAGAAAUUGACAAACCAUGGAACUGUCCUCAUGGAAGGCCUACCAUUCGACAUCUUGUUAAUUUGGCAAUGGUUCAAACUAGUGAAAGCGGAACUUAAUUUUUUUAUGCAGUAUUGAACAUAAUACAAUCAUGUUAAGUUUUUAAUACAAUAUUUUGUUUAAUCGAACUUAAAAAUAUUCUUUC